AAUCAGCAAUCAAUCAACAAGUCGUUAGUAUUGAGCUGAGCAGAGCAGGUCCACACAAAUUUCUCUCUUCAUUCCUUCAUCAAUGUCACCUCUUCCACUCCCUCACUCCAACCUCCGCCUCCCACCAUGCCUGCUACUUCCUCCAUUUCCCCAUUCUCCACUCUCUCCCUCCUUCUCCCCAAUCGUCACCAUUCUCUCUUCACUCCAUGCCAAAAACCUACAAAAUUCUCAUCAAAAUCGCUACUAGCUUCUUCCAGUUGCCGGAAUGGCAGUAAGUCGCGAUCAACCCUAAUUCUGGGGGCAAAAUUCCCGCUUGUUGAUCCGAAGAAGAAAACUUUUGUGGUGAAAUCCUCAGGAUCGGAAGGCGGAUUGACCUCGGCGAGCCCUAAUCCCCAAAGCGCGGCUCUGAAACUGCUGCAUUUGGCGGUUUCAUUGGGAAUCAUUCUGGCCGUUGACAAGCUGCUGAAGCAGGCGUUUGUUGCCGCCGCCAUCAAAUUUCCCAGCGCUUUGUUCGGAAUGUUUUGCAUAUUCACAAUUCUGAUAGCUCUUGAUUCCACUGUCCCUGCCGCGGCAGCUGGCGUGGUCAGCUUCUUCCAGCCGGCGCUGCUCUUCAUCCAGCGGUGGCUCCCCUUGUUCUAUGUGCCGUCUCUGGUGGUCCUGCCCCUCGCCGUCAAAGACAUUCCGGCUGCUUCCGGCCUUAAAAUCAUCUACAUUAUUGCCGGAGGCUGGCUAGCAUCGCUUUCUGUAGCUGGUUUCACAGCUAUAGCAGUGAGGAAGUUGGUGAACACUGAAAUGAUACCAGCUGAGCCCAUGCUUAAGCCUUCUCCCUUUUCGCCAUUUGAGCUGUGGGCUUGGAGUGGUGUAUUUCUAGUAUCCUUUGUGUCUGCGUUUCUUUAUCCAACUAUACUUGGAACAAAUGCCAGGACAUGCUUGCCGUUUCUGCUGGCUUCUACGGUACUAGGCUACAUUUUUGGUUCAGGGUUGCCAUCGGGCGUGAAGAAGGUUUUCCAUCCGAUUAUCUGCUGCUCGUUAUCUGCAGAUCUUGCUGCAUAUGCUUAUGGAUACCUAUCAAAAUCUGGACUCAAUCCUGUUCUAGGAUACUAUCUGACAAAGGUCUCAUCAAAUCCGGGGGCCGGAGACAUUUUGAUGGGAUUUCUUGGAUCUGUUAUCCUCUCAUUUGCCUUCUCCAUGUUCCAACAAAGAAAGCUGGUGAAGAGACAUGCUGCAGAGAUAUUGAGCUCUGUGAUCCUCUCCACACUGUUUUCAUUGUAUUCAACGGCUUUCAUCGGGCGUCUAAUUGGUCUGGAGCCAUCAUUGACACUAUCAGUUCUACCAAGAUGCAUAACUGUGGCACUUGCUCUCAGCAUUGUAUCCUUCUUUGAAGGUGCCAAUACAUCUCUUACAGCAGCUGUUGUUGUAGUAACUGGACUUGUUGGGGCCAAUUUCGCACAGACUGUACUCGAUAAACUAGGAUUCCGUGACCCUAUUGCUCGUGGAAUAGCAACUGCGUCAAGUGCACACGGACUGGGAACGGCUGCAUUAUCAGCUAAGGAGCCCGAGGCACUCCCAUUCUGCGCGAUUGCAUAUGCCCUCACCGGCAUUUUUGGAUCAGUGAUCUGCUCCGUCCCAGCUGUUAGACAGAGCUUGUUGGCGAUAAUUGGCUGAAAGUCUCGUGUAAUUGAUCGAGUUUGAUCAGAAUUGACCUUUUGGAUAUGGCGACAAGCCGUUGUUUGUGCUGAAAGUUCCAAGCAGUAUAGAUCAGCAAAAUGUCUUUCAUGUAUUAGCCACUUGACCAUUUCAUCAAUGUGUGAAAUCUUCUUUAGUUAUCAA